GCGCACAGCGGCUACCGUCGGCAAGGCCGUCGCGGCGGGCGGCUCCGCGGCUGUCCAGGGCAUCUCGAUGCUGAACCCGCAGAAGUGGCUUGCGAGCGCGGCGGGUGACGCGGACAGUGUUGGGGGAGGCAGUGGUGUAGGAGGGAUUGGGAAGAGGUUCUCGAAGCUCGGCUCUUGGCGGCAGUCUCGGGGAGGGAGUGUGGACUAUAAGAAGAACUGGUAUACACAAGACUUCGAGAAGGGCAAAGACGGGAGCACGUUGUUCGAGAUCGGGGAUGUGGACGAGGAUGCGGACGGGGAUGCGGGGGGUGAGGACGGAGAUGAGUUCGCAAAUGAGAAGGAUAUGGAGAUCGAGAAUGAGAAGACAGAUAGAUGGUCCGUGUCGUCGAGUACGACCGCCCACUCCCAGCUUACACCGUCCAUCCUCUCCAAGACGACGUCUUCCUCAACCUCGACUUCUACGCGUACGUCCACUCCGCUACCCGCGCCGCCUUCGACAAAUUUGAUCUUUUGCUCUCGCUCGACAUCGCCCUCGAGCUCAUCCACGCCGAUCGCGAGUCUCUCAAGCGAGCGGAGACGUUCUCGGGAUACCCGGGGCAGUACGGCCACCGAGUACGGGACACGAUCGAGGAGAUUUUCGUACUCCUCCUCCAGGCGAUCGGCGAGCGGCACGUCAAGCCCGGGUUUGAUACAGCGACGCAGCAGAUGAGGACAUACCAGCCGGCGGAGCACGAAGAGACGAGGAGUGUCGCGCCCCUACUCCAGUUCUUCGAGCUGGUGCAUGUGGGCGACACCAUCCAGAGUAUGGUCCAGGUGUACUUCGACAAGGAAUUGGCACCCCACAUUGACCGUACCGACUUCCUGAACGCCGUGGUACGUGAGAAGAAGCGCUUUGAAGAUGUGCUCGAUGAUUGCGUCGCUGCCGGGCUCAACGCUGGCACUGAUGCACUAAUGAACCAAGUGGAGCACAUUAUCAUGAAGCUCACCGGCCCCCGCGCAUACUACCCGCAAGAGGGUUCUCCACUCGAGCUGGGACCGUCGAAGGGCUGCGUCGAGGCGAUCCAGUGCCUGAAGAUGCAUUGCCAGCUGCUUAAGGGGAGCACGAGCAAGGAAGUGCUCGAGGUCUUCUACCAGGAGAUCGGUAUUCGCUUGAUUGCAAGCAUUUGAAGCGGCAGAUCAUAUCGCUCAACGGUGGAUUCCAGGUCAUCGCUGACUUGAAUGCGUAUCAUACAUUCAUCUCGUCAUUGAAGGUCAGCAGCAUCGCAGCUGAGGUUUCGUACCUCAAGAUGCUCGGGCACGUCUACGUGGUCGAGGAUGCGAAAGACUUGG